CCAGUUUUCAACUACUCCCCACACUGCAUACAACAUUCUCAUUCAUCUCAUUCAAGUCAUCAGCCUCUCAAUCAUGGCGUGUCAACAGGGCAAGACGAAAGAUGAGAUGGUGGUGAGCUUGCAGACCAUCAAGAAGACCCAUGUCAAGCCCAGGAAGAAGCUCGGGAGGAGGGAGUGCCAGUUGGUCACGUUUGAUCUUCCGUACCUGGCGUUUUACUACAACCAAAAGCUGAUGUUCUACAAGGGGGGCGAUUUCGAGGGCAUGGUGGCGAAGCUCAAGGAUGGAUUGGAGCAGGUGCUCGAGGAGUUUUACCAGCUCGCCGGCAAGCUUGGGAAGGAUGAGGAAGGGGUGUUCAGGGUGGAGUACGACGAUGACCUGGACGGCGUCGAGGUGGUGGAGGCGGCAGCGGAGGCGGUCGCCAUGGAGGACCUGGCGGCUGAGGAGGGCACCGGCAUUUUCAAGGACUUGAUUCCUUGCAAUGGCAUCUUGAACUUGGAGGGGCUUCACAGGCCUUUGUUGGCCAUUCAGUUAACCAAGCUGAAGGACGGGCUAGCCAUUGGGUGCGCGUUCAACCACGCCGUCCUCGACGGGAACUCCACGUGGCACUUCAUGAGCUCGUGGGCCCAGGCCUGCGGCGGCUCGCCCGCCGUCUCGGCCUCGCCCUUCCUCGACCGCACCAAGUCCCGCAACACCCGUGUCAAGCUCGACCUCUCCCUCCCGCCCGAUCCCUCCUCCUUGUCGUCCAACGGCGACCAUGCCAAGUCCGCCCCGCCGCCCCCCCUGCUCCGCGAGAAGGUCUUCCGCUUCUCUGAAUCGUCCAUCAACAAGCUCAAGUCAACGAUCAACUCCAGCACGCCGUCGGAUGGCUCGAUGCCCUUCUCCACUUUCCAGGCCUUAUCUGUCCACAUCUGGCGCCACGUCACCAAGGCGCGCGACUUGAAGCCCGAGGACGUGACUGUCUUCACCGUGUUCGUCGACUGUCGGAAGCGGGUCGACCCUCCCAUGCCGGAGACCUACUUCGGGAACCUCAUCCAGGCCAUCUUCACCGGCACCGCGGCGGGGCUCCUGAUGGCGCACCCACCACAGUUCGGGGCGGGGAUCAUACAGAAGGCCAUCCUCGCGCACGAUGCCAAGGCCAUCGAGGAGCGGAACAAGCAGUGGGAGAGCGAGCCCAAGAUAUUCCAGUUUAAGGACGCGGGGACGAACUGCGUGGCGGUCGGGAGCUCCCCGAGGUUCAAGGUGUACGAGGUGGACUUCGGGUGGGGGAGGCCCGAGGGGGUGCGGAGCGGGUCGAACAACCGGUUCGACGGGAUGGUGUACUUGUACCAGGGGAAGAGUGGCGGGAGGAGCAUUGAUGUGGAGAUCACUCUUGAGGCUGGGGUCAUGGAGAAGUUGCAGCUGGACCAGGAGUUCCUUGAGCCUUAAGUCACUUAAAUUAAGUGACAACGAUUAAUACAAAGAAGGAAAACUUCAGUGCUCAAGUAGCUAAUUAUCAAUAAACCAUCUUCAGGGGGGAUCCAAAAUUCAUAUGAUCGGAGGAUCAGGUGCACCGGGCACUUGAAAAGUAUCAAAUGGAUUACGCGGGGAUUCGAUCUACUGCGAAUCUCACGAUUUUCUCGAGUGCUGGAUGUGCUUUGAUCUUAGGACAUGAUGAAUCUUUGUUUCGCCCCGCGAUUUUAGCUAUUUGAGCACCGGAGUUUCUCCUAAACUAUGGUGAUUUUAAGUGGCAGUUUGGACUUGGGUUUUUAAGAUUUGAUCCUGAGUGAUUUGAAUUUUUCUUUGCUUGUUAUAGCAACUAGUGGUUCUAUGAUGCAUUAUAUGUAAGUUAAGUCUUCUUUGCUUAGAUAUGUUGUCUAUAUCUUGUCUAUAAGUUCGUGUGAUGUGUCGUUAAGACUCCGUAAGAUUUGAGACUGAUAUUGAUUUCUGAGUGCUGUGAGCUCUAUUAAUA